ACAAAACAGGAUGUGCUAGACACCGUAAGAACUAGGCUCGCAAAUCUGCCCGCCUUCCGGUACGCAGGCAAUUCCGAAGUUCCAGGGGCUAUUGGCAUUAGGUUAUUAGAGGAUGUUUGUGUUCUGUCCAUCAUUUCAUUGCUGAUCUUUCUGCUUUAUUCAACGCUACUUGAGAUCCUCGACAUGAUAAGCGUUUGGCAAUGGAUUACCUCGGCAGCCAUGAUGUUCAUAGGGGAACAGAUAUUCGAGAAAGAAACUCGAGACUGCAUAGAGAUGGCUUUCAGGCCUCGGGUUGCGCAGGGCGCACAAAGGAUCGAAUGGACUUGCGCCUGUGGCGAACGACUAUACGAGGAUUUCCAGGGGCUUUCUGAAGAGCAACUCGACGGUGUUCAAGAACUCGUCGUGUAUGCUUCCGGCAGGCAAGGAGCCCGCGUAUAUCCAUCAGUAAAUCAAGUUCGAGCACCUGCAAAAGACCCGACAAUUAAUAUCAGUACCAACAAUUCUCGUCAAUCGAACGUACAGCCCCGCCAGUCCUCUAGCUCUGCACCUCAACUAGCCGCAGUUACCCAAGUUCAAAGCGCCGCCCGAGGCCAAAUUGGAAGAUUUCUCUUCCUCUCAUUGCAGGUAGCUCCGCAUCACAAUGACUUCGCGGAAGUCGACGUCACGCAUGCACGUCAAGACCACAUCUUCUUCCAAAAUACGAAGAUGGCGUACGAUAGACUCCGUGGUAACUGGCUCAAGCGCACGCUCAAGGCCCCGUACUCGAUAUCCUACACCAAGUUCGAGCUCUUCCGCCAUCAUCGCGGCUACAACGCCGGCCACCUCGCGCAGGAGAUACCCCCAGAAUUGGAGGUACGAGCACAGCGCUACCACUACGAUCCUUGCCCGCUCAACCCACCGCUUCCUUCUUCCGUCUUCUUGCAUGCCCUACGACACCCUGAGUACUAUGAGGGACAGCGGCUCCAGGAUCGCAUGCCGAAGAAAUUGCAUGACGGCAUUCUAGGAGCACUUGGCUCAGCAUUCAGCCCAAUAGGCUGGGGUGUACACAUCCACGAUGGGCCGAACAAAUUCGCAAUCGCGAUCUUCGUGAGUCUAACUAUCCUUGCGAGCCUAGUGGCUGCAGCGCUAUGGAUCGCACUCAGAAAAGAUGUCCAAGGGGGCACGGGAAUCGGUCAGUAUGCUGUAGCCGUUCUAACAGCUAUAUUUGGGCUUGGGGUCUUCGGAUGGAGUUACGAGUGACGAACUACCAACCCCAGAGUAGCACAGGGCGUCGGACAGAGCAUGGCUCUAGCUGGGAGACAGGAUCGCGUGCAUAUGAUAGUCGGGGUGCUAUGCGUAUGGGAUCUGGAGUUGAUCCGGACACGAUUACGUGGUCGUGCUACCGGGCACGUGAGAGGUUUCAAGACGGCCUUGCUGGCAGCCAUUGGGACACGAACAUGCGGUGGCUGGGCCGCGGUGCGGUCUGGGCAG